UUUCAAAUUAUCCAUUAAAGGGGACAGCAAUUAAAAAAAGCAGGGAUGAAAUAUUUCCAGAAGGUACUCCAGACUUCUUCAACCAAAACAGCCCCACGUAUGGGCGUUCUUUCCUACCUCUUUGUAUUUCUGCAAUAUUCCACUUUCAAAUGCAUAUCAAUCCUAUAUAUUGAAAUCGGCGUGAAAUAAGGGAAAAAGGAGGAGGAGAAAAUGGCAAGUUAUGGAUGGAAGACAUUCUUUGAAGAAGAAGAUCGUCCAGAGAAGCCAAGGAGGUACGGUGUCACCGAAAUGAGGGGACCUAAUUAUUCUCUUUUCUCCCAAAAUCUCCUCCAGGAUGUUUUUGACUCUAUGGGGCAGUUUGUUGAUGGUCUGAAGUUUGCUGGAGGCUCUCAUAGCUUGAUGCCUAAAAGUUACAUCAAACAAGUGACUAACCUGGCGCAUGAGCACAAUGUGUACGUCAGCACCGGUGACUGGGCUGAAUACCUACAGCGUGGAGGUCCUUCUGCUUUCAAAGACUACAUUGAGGAAUGCAAAGAAUUGGGAUUUGAUAGCAUUGAGAUAGAUGCUGGCUCACUUGGAAUUCCUGAAGAGGUUCUUCUGAGAUAUGUAAGGCUUGUUAAAACUGGGGGUCUCAGAGCUAAGCCUCUGUUUGCUGUGAAGUUUAACAAGUCGGAUAUACCAAUGAGUGGUGACAGAGCAUAUGGAUCUUACAUGGUCCCUGCACCUCGAACUUCAGAGCUUGUUGAGGAUGUAGAUCUAUUGAUUAGGAGGGCAGAGAGAUGCCUUGAAGCUGGAGCGGACAUGAUAAUGAUUGAUGCUGACGGUGUCUCUAGACAAGCAGAUUCUAUGAGGGCUGAUAUUAUAGCAAAAGUUGUGAGCCGGUUGGGGCUUGAAAAAACAAUGUUUGAAACAUCAAAUCCUAAGACAUCUGAAUGGUUUAUCAAACAAUAUGGUCCACGAGUAAAUCUUUUCGUGGAUCAUUCUCAAGUCAUGGAUCUGGAAUGUCUUCGAGGUUGUAACCUGGGAAAGGAUCAUGUAUCUGUUCUCGGUUCAUCAUAUUACCGGCUUUAAACUGAUUCUGUGUCAUAAAAGUUCUCCACCUAAGUCGUGAAGUAAUGCUUUCAUUGCUUUGUAAGUACUGGCAUGUUUUAUCUAGAAUCGUAUUAAAUCAUUGGUAGAACUUGCUCCAGAAUCGUGUAAUGUCCAUGUAUUUGAGAGUCGCAAUUUGUCGUCAUAAUAGCUUAAAUGUUAGACAUUCUAUCUGGUUGUUGUAAUUGUAUCCUUAUAUCAAGUCAUGUGGUUUCUGGAA